AUGGAAAAACCUGCAAGCCAGACUGCGACCCCUUGUAAACCCUUGACAACAUUUGUUCAGACGGACUCAAACACUUUCCAAGAGAUUGUGCAGCGGUUAACAGGUCCAUCAGAGAGUGAUCCGGCACAAGGAGCAGCUACGAAGGGUCCAGGCUUAAAAAGGCCAAUUUCAAAACUCCAUGAAAGAAGGCAAAGCAUGAGGCCAAAACUUGAGAUAGUUAAACCCCCAUUGAGCUUUAAACCUGCUACAUCACCAUCAAGAUCGGGAAGCUCGAAUCUUCUCGCAAGUCCAGUAGGCACUCCAUCAACAAUUUUCUCCAAGCUAACCUUUCUAGAAGAUGAAUACAUAGAAGAAUUAACAAAAACCGAACUGAACACGGUAGAAGAAGAAAAAGCUAUCAAAGAGAGACGCUUCUAUCUGCAUCCAUCACCGCGGUCAAGAGCAGGGAAAACAGAUCCAGAAUUACUUGUUUUGUUUCCUCUAACAUCUCCGAGAACAAACAAUAAAGCAUGAUUCGACAUUUUGUUUUUCAAUAACUAAUUAUACUUCUCUGUUGGUACCAAUGAAACUUGUAAAUCGAUUUGCCUCAUCAAUUGACUUCAUGUCAUGUCUAAAACUUCUAAAUGAUGCAUCCAUUCAUGGAAGGAUCAUAAGAUCUACAUGUUCAAUAACAAUAAAAUUGGAGUGCAGAAUCGAAGCAUUUACCGAGUCAUGGAAGGGUCAAGAAAGCUAUACACCCUUCAACAAAGCAAGUUGUAAUUUGUUUUCAAUCACACCAUGUUUCUCUUCUACCUGCCAUCAGAAAUAUGUAAUCAAUAUGCCUUAUUAUUUGCAUUAUACACUUUUAUGUACCAUUUUUUUUCUUGAAAAACUGUUUCUUUCUCUAGAA